UACAACUAUUAUAUAAAUAUAGUUGUUGGGUUGCUUGUCAUGUUAUCAUGUUGCUUUAAUUGUGAAGUGAAAGCAGCGCCUGCGUACUUCGUGUUUGGAGAUUCACUGGUGGACAGUGGCAACAACAAUUAUAUUGCUACUAUUGCUAGAGCCGACAGAUAUCCUUACGGAAUAGAUUACCCCACAGGAAGACCCACUGGCCGAUUCUCCAACGGACUCAAUUUAGCGGAUUUUAUAAGCAUGAAGCUGGGGGCAGAAUCUGUGCUACCGUAUUUGAGUCCUGCGCUUCGUGGGGACGCAUUGCUCAGGGGUGCUAAUUUCGCUUCUGCGGGCGUUGGGAUGCUAAAUGAUACCGGAGUGCAAUUCGCUAAUAUUAUCAGAAUGCCACAACAGUUGCAGUAUUUUGUUCAAUAUAAAAACAGGGUGGCGCAGAUCCUCGGAUUUGCUAGAACUAACAGACUUGUUGCGGAAGGUCUUAUGCAUAUUACUCUGGGAGGAAAUGAUUACGUCAAUAACUACUACCUCACUCCUGUCUCACUCAGAUCGAUUCAGUAUAGAUUACCAGAUUACACUCGGUUCAUAGUCUCAGAAUAUGAAAAAAUUCUCAGACAAUUGUACAACUUGGGAGGCAGAAGGGUGCUGGUAACAUCAACAGGGCCAUUGGGGUGUGCUCCUGGAGUGAAGGCCACUAGAUCUCGCAGUGGCGAAUGCGCUGCAGAAGUUCAGCAGGCUGCUUCGCUAUUUAACUCACAGCUUAGAUCUGUUGUAAAUCAACUCAACAAUGAGGUUUCUGCUCGGGUUUUCACCUUCGCGGACAAAUAUUCAAUGAACAUGGGCUUGUACAAUAAUCCUGCAAGAUACGGAUUUGUGGAUACAACUAAUGCAUGUUGCGGACAAGGAAGAUUCAAUGGAAUAGGCCUCUGCACUGCGGUUUCAAGUUUGUGUAGAAACAGGGAUGCAUAUUUGUUCUGGGACAAUUACCACCCGUCUGAGAAGGCCAACAGAAUUAUUGUGGACCAAAUUUUUGAGGGUUCUUCUUCUGUCAUGAGCCCUCUUAACCUUAAACAGAUGAUGAAACUAGACGACUGA